UAUGAGUUAGUUUUACAGGAUGAAAUGUCUGAAUGAGUGCUCAUCCCAGACUGGUGAUUCCAUACUUUUUGCUAGGGGUUGUAUAUUUACCCAGCUGUUACCCUAAUGCACCUGCCUUUUCACUGUGUCUGUGUGUAUAAUCCAGAUUAAAGACUCGUCAGGGCCUCAGGCAGCUCCAGUAUCACUGUACAACCUGCAACCGACACUUCAAGAACCAGCGGGACCAGGAACGCCACAUGCUGACACACGGUCCUCAGCCUCCCUUCGCCUGCUCGCUCUGUGGCCACGCCGCGACCAAGAUGGCCGCCCUGGUCGCCCACGUCAAGAAGCAUUUCUUCCUGUAUGCCUGCUGCGCGUGCGACAGGCAGAUGGCCAGCUCACAUCAACUGAGGAGCCACCUGGAGGAGUGUCACCCCGAGCUGGACCAGGAACUAGCCUUCGUGGACAGCAUCAACAUCAGCUACUGUCUGAUCCCACCUGAGGGAGGCGGAGGGAGCGAGGAGGUGCAGAGACGAGCCAUGGAGGAGCAGGAGGAGGGUGAAGAUGACAAGAGCGAGGCGGGGGGCAAUAAGGAGCAAGGCAGCGAGGAACAGACGACGACAGAACAGGACAAACUGCUGGAGGGAGGUGGAGAAGUGCAGGAAGUUGUGGGAGCGAGUGAAAACGGAGAAGAACUGAGGAGUAAAGCWGAAGACACACGCACCUCCUCAUCACCUGAGACCGCCCACAACCCGCUGCAGGAAGAGGGGAUUCAACAGGACACGUCUGCAGAAAAUAACACGCCUUCAUCGUUAGGAAACACAACCUCUGAGCUGAGCAAAGACACGCCUUCAUCUUCAGGUCUUCAGGUGGACAACAGACACUGUUUACUUUCAGAAAAGAGUGCGUUCCAGCAGGUGUUUUCCUCCCUCCAGAAGACCCGGCUUGAUAUGGAGACGUUCCAGAGACUCAGAAAAAUCUACGGAGACCUUGAGUGUCAACACUGUGGGAAAUUGUUCUGGUACAAAGUCCAUUUUAAUGCGCACGUACGCACGCACACCAAGGAGCACUUGCAUUACUGUUCGAAGUGCAGCUACUCAUCUGUCACCAAGAGCGCCUUGAACCGACACCAGAUCCAGAAGCACAGCGGCCUGCUGCUGCCUUGUUCUGAUCCCGACUGUAAAUACACCACGCCCGACAAAUACAAACUACAGGCCCACAUGAAGACGCACCAAAACCAGGGGAGCAGUGCCACUUGCCCUGUCUGUCAGCGCAGUUUUCCAGAGCACAGAUUAAAGUACCACAUUAAAUCCUCCCACCCAGAUCAAGUGGCGGUGCAGGGAAAAAGACUGAUGGUACAGCGCGCAGAGAAGUGUCCUUACUGUGACUCCUACUUCCUGAAGAACAGCAGUGACUUUCAGCAGCACAUCUGGGCACAUCAAGGRCUGAAACCGUAUGUUUGCGGCGUGUGCAAUUAUUCGAGUGGCAAUCGGAGCAACCUGAAGACUCACAUGAACCGACACAACACGGAGAGUCGUCACCUCUGCGAUUUGUGUGGCAAAAGGUUCAAAUCCAAAUUCACCCUGAAGAGCCACAGACUAAGCCACGCAGAUGAAGGUAAAAAGUUUCAGUGCUCUGAGUGUCCCUUCACAGCAGUGUUUAAACCRUCAUUGCUGAGGCACAUGGAGCAACACACUAAAUUCAAGCCAUUUCGCUGUGCUCACUGCCACUACUCCUGUAACAUGGCUGGUGCUUUAAAGCGACACUACAGAAUGAAGCACCAAGAUGAGACRUAUGAGAACGCUGCGCCUGAACCGCAGAACUCCCACUCUCUGGAACAACAAGGUGCUCUGAAGUGUCCUGAGUGCCAGUUUGUUUAUGGAACGAAGUGGGAGUUGAACCGUCACCUGAAGAACAAACACAACCUGAAAAUGGUUGAAGCCAGAUGGGAGGUAGCUGAGGAAACAGAGGCUCAGUGUGAGUCUGCAGAGGUUGGAGGGCAGCUCACAGAUGCACCUGUAGCCAUCCUGGAGGACCAUGUCCAGCAGAUCACUAAGCUCAGCUCAGAGACUCACAGUGCAGUGGCUUCCUUGGUGGCCAUGGCUCCCGGGACUGUGGCUGUAGUCCAACAGUUACAGGUGGCUSAAGAGCAGGAMGUUGGUGRGCGUAGCGACCAGCUGAUGGUGGUGAAYGCAGACGGGGCCRUGGAUGGGAACCAGCUGAUGGUGGUGGAGGAGGCCAGCGGCUUGGAGGCUCUGACGCUCCUCGCUGAGGGAGAAAACGCGCACCACUAUAUCGUUUACAUCCAAGAACAAACUGUAGAGAUCAACUAGGAGGCAUCAAAUAUCAACAUCUUGGAGCCAGAAACAAAUCAGUCAAGAUGGAAAGGAUGUUUGCAUGACCUCMUUAAGAUCUGAUUUCUUCACAGUGAUUUUGAGGUCACUCAGGAAACAACAGGUUAUCUGACAUUUGUGACUUUGUAGCAUAUUUGCUACGUUUAAAUAAAAUCAUUCUACUA